AUGGACAUGGGUGGAGUGGUUCUUUUAUUAUACCUUCUUCUCUUUCUUCUCUCAUGUAUCUUCUUUAGAAAACAUAAGAGGAAAUCUCAUCAGCAAAAAGCUAAACUACCUCCAGGUUCAAUGGGGUGGCCUUACAUAGGAGACACUCUUCAACUCUACACUAAGAACCCAAAUGUCUUCUUUGCAGCUAAGCAGAAGAGGUAUGGAGAGAUAUUGAAGAGCCAUAUACUUGGUUGCCCUUGUGUUAUGGUGGCAAGCCCUGAAGCCAUUCGGUUUGUGUUGGUCACUCAAGCUCAUCUCUUCAAGCCCACGUACCCAAAAAGUAAGGAACAAAUGAUCGGCUCAUCUGCCCUGUUUUUCCACCAAGGAGACUAUCACACUCGACUUAGGAAGCUGGUUCAGGGUUCACUAUCUCUUGAUCCCAUCCGAAAACUUAUCUCCAACAUCGAAGCUCUUGCAGUUUCCACAUUGGAGUCAUGGGCUGCUGAUGCUCAUGUUGUCGUCAAUACCUUUCAUGAAAUGAAGAAGUUCUCUUUUGAAGUGGGUAUUCUGGCUAUCUUUGGGAGCUUGGAUGAGUACCACAAAGAAAAGCUCAAGAAGAACUACAUCAUGGUUGAUAAAGGUUACAACUCCUUUCCCAUAAACAUACCAGGAACUCCCUAUUACAAAGCCGUCUUGGCCAGGAAGAGGUUGAAUCAGAUUCUAAGUGAGAUUAUUUCUGAGAGGAAGGAAAGGAGAGUAGUGGAGAAGGGUCUAUUGGGUUGUCUUAUGAACUCCAAAGACAAAGAGGGAAAUAAUUUGACAGACAAUCAAAUUGCAGAUAACAUCAUCGGAGUGUUAUUUGCAGCUCAAGACACAACAGCAAGUGUUCUCACUUGGAUUUUAAAAUACCUCCAUGAUGACCCCAAACUUCUUGAAACUGUUAAGGCUGAACACAAAGCAAUUUAUGAAUCUAAUGUUGAAGGGAAGAAGCCCUUGACAUGGGCUCAGACUAGAAGUAUGGUAUAUACUCAUAAGGUUAUAUUAGAAAGUUUGAGGAUGGCAAGCAUUAUAUCUUUUACGUUUAGGGAAGCAGUUGCUGAUGUGGAAUAUAAAGGAUAUCUUAUUCCAAAAGGAUGGAAGGUGAUGCCUUUGUUCAGAAACAUUCACCAUGAUCCCGGUUUCUUUCCUGAUCCUCAGAAGUUUGAUCCUUCAAGAUUCGAGGUUUCACCAAAACCCAAUACAUUUAUGCCAUUUGGCAAUGGAGUACAUGCAUGUCCUGGAAAUGAACUUGCCAAGCUGGAGAUGUUUAUUUUGAUCCAUCAUCUGUUAACCAAGUUCAGGUGGGAUGUGGUUGGAUCCCAAAGUGGGAUUCAGUAUUGUCCAUUCCCAGUUCCUCACCAUGGACUCCCAGCCAAGUUUUGGAAAUUAGAGUCCGGCAGCCAAAGACAACAUGGGUGCCCUCCAUGA